AUGAGCAAAUAAACAAAAAAUUAAAAUAUCUCUGGUAAUUACACAUUAGAAUAAUAUAAGUACAAAAUUUAUUAAAUAGAUAACAUUACCAAGAAUUACUUUAAUAUUCAAAUAUUAUAGAUAAUAAAAGUAAGUAAUUGAUAUGUGAAAAAGUGGAAUUAAUUUGUGAAUUUUCAAUUUGGGGAGAUUAAAACAAUUCAGAUUUUUUUGAGUAUAUUAUGUAUUAAAGUUAGUUAUUUCUUUGAAGAAAACAUAGCAGAAAAAUUAUUAAAAAUAAUGUAAAGAUCUAGUUUCAAAGAAAUAAUAAUUGGGAUAAUUUAAAGUUUUGGAAUUUUAUUGUAAUUAUAUAUUGUAUAAAUUAGAGCUAAUCUAACAAAUAAAGAAAAUAUAAAUUAUCUUUUAUCGCAUCCUGUAAUUUAAGAUUUAAUAAUGUAUAAUUAUGAUUUUACUGAUGAAGAGAUAGUGGAUUAUUAUAUAUCAUUAUUAAAAAGUUUAGCAUUAAGAAUUGAUGAAGGUAAUGUUCAAUUAUUUUUCAAUUAAAGAAUGAGUUUGUUUCCAUUAUUAUGGUAAGCAACAAAGUUUUAUAAUCAUAAAGAGAUAAUGGUAAGAACAGCAGUUAGAACAAUAAUACUUGGAAUAAUGAAAAGUAAAGUAUAUUAUAAUUGAUUAAGUAUAAAAUCCAUAACUAAAAAAAUAUUUGGCAAGAUUUCCAUUUAUUUUAUUUUUUGUUCAUUUUUCUUGUUAUUUGAAACAUGUAUGGUUAGAAGCUAACAAGGAGAUUUUAAAUGGAAAUGUUGAUGUUAAAGAAAGAAUGGAUGAUUUAGUUGAUGUAUUUUAUUUUUUGAAUGACAUAUAUGCAUUUUGUCCAGAAAUAUCUAAUGUAUAUUAAUUUAUUUAAUUUAAGAUGUUAGAUAAUUCAAUAUUAACUUAUACUAUUAUUCCAGCAAUGCUUGGAGGUAUUUUAUUUUAGAAAAAAGAAACAUUAUCUAUUUCAUUUACAUUACAUCUCACAAAUUAUCUAAUAAAUAAUUUUAAUACUACAAAUUUAUCAAAAAAUAUUGUUCUACUUAUGUUUAGUCCUUCUUUAUAACAAAAUUUAUCUCAUUUAUUAGAAUUUAAUAUUGGUUAACCUAGAUCUUAUUUAUACACUUGGAGUUUUAAAAAUUUUUGGGAUUAACAUUUAGAUGUAUUAAUAGGUUAAGCUAAUUAAUUAUUUGAUAUUUAAACUUAUGUUCUUAAAGAAGAAGCUUGUGAUAAGGAAAUAGAAACAAUAAACAGAUCUUUAGGUAUUAUUGAAAAUAAUAAUAUUUUAUUUUAUUGUAAAUAACUAUUAUUAAAUAAUGGAUAAGAAGAAAUGUCUCCAAAUAAGAUUAGAAAUAGCUUAAUGAUUUACUUAUAAACUAAAGAUGAUAAUCUACUUUAUCUAUUAUUAAAUUUAAUUAAGACAGUUUUAAUUUUUAAAGAAAAGGAUAUUUUAAGAAUAUGUUUGUUUUAAGAAGCAAACACUAAUAUUAUAAUUAAAGAGAGAAACCAUAUAAUAUAGUAAUUAUUGGAUAUAUUUUUAAUUGAUCCAGCAUUAAGAUUAUGCACAAUAAUUUUAGCAUGCUAAAUUAUUAUUCAUUUUAUAAAUUUAGAUAAAUUGAUAUUAGAAAAAGAAACAAUAAAUAAAUUAUAUGAUGUCUAUAAUUAUAUAAUAAAUAAAAUGAAUUAGAUGAUUAAGUAAAACUAGUAUCAUGAUGUCAUAGUGUCUUAAUAUGAAAUAGUCUAUAAUAAAUACAAGUUUAUAUUAUUUUUAAUUAAAUAGUUUAAAUUUAAAUUAUUUGAAACCUAACUUAGAUUAUUUAGCAUUUUCACCAAUAAUUGAUAGACAUGAUACUAAUGUAGACUUAAUGUAUAGAUAACCUGUUGGAUUAAAAGAGAUUGCUAUAAAAGAUUUAGCAAUAUUUUUUAUGAUUGAUCUUGUUUUGUAAUUAAUAAUCUUAUAUAUUUAGUUUUACAAUACUUAAUUAAGAAAAACUGAAUUUAAAUGGAAAUUAAUAAAUUGAAUAAAAAGUAAAUAUAACAAAUACAUGGAUUGUUGGUAAGAAUUAUGAACCUCCAGAUAAUUGUUAAUUAUUAUCUUGUAGAAUCUCAGCAAAAACAGUAAAAGAUAAACUUUAACCAUGCACUUCAGGUGAAUGGUAUAUAAAAUAAUAUUUAAUUAGUUUUUGGAUGGAAGAUGAAGAAAAUUUUAUUAUAAUAGAAACUUAAAUAGUUAAAAAAGAAUGGGCUCAUAUUAUUUAUCAUGCUAAAAUUAAAGAUGUUGAAGUCAUGAUAGACAGAGGAGAACCUAGAAAAUUAAUUGUUAAUAUCAAAAUUUCUUCUAGUAAUUCUAUUAAAGUAAUUAUCUUUUUUUAUUCUAGGAAUAAUAUUAAGAUGUUUAAUUGUUAUUUGAUGAUUGCACUUAUGCCUAAAAAACAAAAAAACAUAUUGAUGAUACAAGAAAAUAAAAUUCUAAAAAAUCCUCUUAGAUUAUUGAAAAUAAGCUUACCUAAGGAUAACAAUUCUGUAAAGAUUACUUUCUAAUGCUCAAAUAAUCAGAGUUAUAAUAAUGA